AUGCGUCAUCAGAGGACGGAGACCUACUGGCUAGAUCUCCAAGAAAUGAACCCUCCCGUGCCCUCUCACCCCUCCAUCACAACCCACACAACAACCCCUCCCUUGCUCUCUACACCUUCACACUCACCAACACCACACCCGUCCCAUACCUCACCACACAUCCUCAUCACAGACCCUCCUUGUCCCUCUACAACCCUCCAUCCCAAACCCACACCACCCCUCCAUCCCUCUACACCCUUCACCCAUCCACCACCAGACGUCAAACCCUCCACACCCCCCCAUCCACCAGACCCUUGCCCUCCCAUCCCCCGACUCCUUGCCCUUCCCACACACCAACCCGUCCCAUACCCCUCCAUCCUCAUCACCAGACCCUCCCGUGCCCUCUACACCCUCCCAUCCCCAACCCACACACCAAACCCCUCCAUUGCCCUCUACACCCUCCGUCCAUACCCUCCCACACCCAUCCUCAUCACCAGACCCCUCCUUGUGCCUCUACACCCUCCCAUCACAACCCACACCACGCCUUGCUCUACACCUUCCCAUCCACCCCUCCGCACACCAUCCUCAUCCAGACUCCUACCGUGCUCUGCAUCCCACCCACUCCAAAUCCCUCCAUUGUACCCCACCCACACCACCAGACCCGUCCAUACCCUCACACCCAUCCUCGUCACCAGACCUCCGUGCCCCACACCCUCCCAUCCCCAACCCACCCACAUGCCCCCAGAGAGACACCAGCGUUACCCCAAAACGGAGAUUAGACAACAGUGA